AGGCAAAGAGAAAGGAAGUAGCGACAGGCUAGCUGGUUAGCCGGUCUGAAACCAACACAGCCUGUCAGGAAAGAGUGGACUUUUGAGUCUGUUUUAUCUCAUAGAGUGCUCUUCUUUAUUUAAUGGAAGCGUAUAACUAGGCUACGGGUUUUUUUUGUCGGUUCGUUUUAUUUUCUUUCCCCCACGGUUUCAGACCUUCAGAUUGACUCAACUCUUGAGCUUUGUCUGUCUGGGACUCCACCGUUGUUAGCCUGCUUCAUAUAUGUCCCUCUUGAUUUAAUCAAAAGAAGAAGGAGAAGAAGAAGAACCCCCCACGAACUGAAAAGAAACCGCGACUUUAUCAUUUAUUUGUUCACCAGUCGCUUGAACCGCGGGGAAUGCAGUUAAGGAUUACACCGAGACAAUGAGAAAAUCAGCCGGGAAAGGUGCUGCGUGGUGAGAGGGAAGCAGUGGGUGCGGCAUGCUGAGGCCACUCCCCCUGGCUCAGGAUGAGUGUCAGAGAUGGCUCUGCCACCAUGGCAACGAACGCAGGUGGAGGAGGAGGGGGAGGUGGGCAAGCUAACCCUAUCGAUUCUGAUGGCCGCUCAUACGUGCUCCAGAUCUACCCACGGCUGGCUGCCCAGCCCUCCACCUGCUGCAACCUUAGAGUGCAGAAGGAUGCAACAGCAGCCUCUGUGAUCUCGGAUGCUGCCACGGCACUGGGGCUGGACCCUGGCCGCCUGUAUGUGCUGGCAGAGGUGAAGGAGUGUGGAGGGGAAGAGUGGGUGCUGGAGGCCGGAGACCUGCCAGUACAGAGGUUUCUGCUGUGGCCUCGGAAAGCCCAGGAGCAACACCCUCAAAGCCUUGGCUUUUACUUCUUACUACAGGAGAGGAACCAUGAUGGCUCUAUUCAUUAUGUCCACCUCCCACCUGUGUCCAAGGAGCAGGAGGCACAGCGGCUAGCCGCCAGGGGCUUCCUUCCACCUCCACAGGACGACUUUGCAGACCUCUGCAACCUCCCCGUCCUCAAUGAGGACAGGAUAUUAAAUAACCUGCGCACACGCUUUUACAAGAAAAAGAUCUACACCUAUGCAGGCAGCAUCCUCAUUGCCAUCAACCCCUUCAAGUUCCUGCCCAUCUACAACCCUAAGUAUGUCAAGAUGUACGAGAACCACCAGCUGGGGAAACUGGAGCCUCAUAUUUUUGCUAUCGCAGAUGUAGCCUACUAUGCCAUGCUCAGGAAGAGGGUCAACCAGUGCAUUGUCAUCUCUGGGGAAAGUGGCUCAGGCAAGACCCAGAGUACCAACUUCCUGAUCCACUGUCUUACUGCGCUCAGCCAAAAGGGCUAUGCCAGUGGGGUGGAGAGGACCAUACUGGGGGCUGGACCAGUGCUAGAGGCCUUUGGGAACGCCAAGACAGCUCACAACAACAACUCCAGUCGCUUUGGUAAAUUCAUCCAGGUUAAUUAUCUGGAGAGUGGAGUGGUCAGAGGGGCUGUGGUGGAGAAAUAUCUCUUGGAGAAGUCUCGUCUGGUCUCUAGAGAGAAGAACGAGAGGAACUAUCACGUGUUUUACUACCUGUUGUUGGGAGCUUCAGAGGAGGAGAAGAAGGAGUUUAAGUUGCUAGCGCCUGAAGACUACUUCUACCUCAAGCAGCAAAACUUUAAGAUUGAAGAUGAGGAAGACCUGCGUCAUGACUUUGAAAGGCUGCAGCAAGCAAUGGAGAUGGUUGGCUUCCUUCCUGCCACUAAGAAACAGAUAUUUUCUGUCCUCUCGGCCAUCUUGUAUCUGGGCAACGUGACCUACAGGAGGAAGUCGACGGGACGGGACGAAGGGUUGGAUGUGGGACCACCAGAGGUCCUGGCUACACUCUCUGACCUCCUAAAGGUUAAAGAGGAGCUGCUGGUCGAGGCGCUGACAAAGAGGAAAACGGUGACAGUCAACGACAAGCUGAUCCUCCCUUACAGCCACUCUGAGGCUAUCACAGCCAGAGACUCCAUGGCCAAAUCUCUGUACAGUGCCUUGUUUGACUGGAUCGUCCUACGCAUCAAUCAUGCAUUGCUUAACAAGAAAGACAUGGAGGAAUCUGUCCCGUGCUUGUCCAUUGGAGUCCUGGACAUUUUCGGCUUUGAGGACUUUGAGACAAACAGCUUUGAGCAGUUCUGUAUCAACUACGCAAACGAGCAGCUGCAGUAUUACUUCAACCAUCACAUCUUCAAUCUGGAACAGGAAGAGUACCAGGCAGAGGGAAUCACCUGGCACAACAUCGACUACACAGACAAUGUGGGCUGUAUCCAUCUCAUUAGCAAGAAGCCCACUGGCCUGCUCUACCUGCUGGAUGAGGAGAGCAACUUUCCGCAUGCCACAGAUGAGACACUAUUAGCCAAAUUCAAGCAGCAGCACCAGGGCAACAAAUACUUUGUCCCCACAGCAGUCAUGGAGCCUGCCUUCGUCAUUCGCCACUUUGCUGGAAAAGUCAAAUAUCAAAUCAAGGAUUUCCGGGAGAAGAACACAGACCACAUGCGUCCCGAUAUUGUGGCAUUGUUGCGGAGCAGUGACCGUGCAUAUGUGCGGCAGCUCAUCGGCAUGGACCCGGUGGCCAUGUUUCGGUGGGGCAUCCUGCGUGCCACCAUCAGAGGCAUUGCUGCUUUCAAUGAGGCGGGCCGUUCCUGGGCCGCCAAAACUUCAGGUGUUGUCCGUCCAAUCUCCAGAACUCCUUUAGGAGAGCUUCAGCGGUCCAAUGCCCCAAUAGAAAGAAUGUACAAAGACAUGCAUGCAGAGAUCAUCAGCUCCAUUAAGAACUUGCAGCUGGAUGGUGAGGACCCUCGCAAGCUGCUGCAGUCCUGGGGUCGCCUCCGCUUCCCGCGACACGUCCUCCAGAAAAACAAGAGCAUCAGACAGAAGCAGGUCAUCCCCAAGAAUUUGCUGGAUUCUCGGUCUCUGAAGUUCAUUGUGAGCCUGACGCUGCACGAUCGCACUACCAAGUCUCUGCUCCACCUGCACAAGAAGAAGAAGCCCCCUAGCAUCAGUGCUCAGUUCCAGACUUCUCUGACCAAACUCCUGGAGACUCUGAACAGAGCAGAGCCUUUCUUCAUUCGCUGUAUCCGCUCCAAUGCUGAGAAGAGGGAGAUGUAUCUGGAUGAGGCCUUGGUGGUUCAGCAGCUGCGAUACACAGGAAUGCUGGAAACUGUUCGUAUUAGGAGGUCAGGCUACGGAGCCAAGUACACAUUCCAGGAGUUUAUUGAGCAGUUCGGCGUUUUGCUGCCGAAGAACGCCACACCUUGUAAAGAGGACAUCUCAGCACUGCUUGAGAAGAAGAUGGGCCUGGACCCCACUACGUACCAGAUAGGCAAAACAAAGGUCUUCUUGAAGGAGUUGGAGCGACAGCAGCUGCAGGACACGCUGCACAAGGAUGUAAUGCGUAAGAUUAUCUUCCUUCAGCGUUGGUUCAGAGCUCGUCUGCAGAGGAAAGAGUUUUUGGACAUGAGACAGGCAGCCAUCUUGAUCCAGUGUUCAUGGCGUGGGUACUGCAAGGAGGAGCAAAGGCGACGUGCAGCCACUUUGAUCCAGGCUGUGUGGAGAGGGCACAGACAGAGGUUCGAGUACCACCGCCAAAGACGAGGUGCUACCAAAAUACAAGCCUUGGUCAGAGGCCAUUCAGCACGCAGGAGGUGUCAGUCCAUACGUGAGGAGAAACAGAGACUGGAGGAAGAGGAAAAAGAAGCUCAGAGGAGGGCAGAAGAAGAGGAACGAAAGAGGAGGGAAGAGGAGGAAGAGGCAAGAAGAAAAGCAGAGGAGGAAGCAAGGAGGAGGAUGGAGGAAGAAGCAAGAAGGAAAGAAGAAGAAGAGGAAACCAGGAGGAGAGCAGAGGAAGAAGAGGCUGCUAGGAAAGAACAGGAAGAGCAGAAGAAGAGAGAAGAGGAGGAGGAGAAAAGGCUGGCAAAAGAGCCUCAAACAAGAGACGAUCCAGAUAUAGAGCUGGUCACAGAGGAGAUGCUGGAUGACAGCCUCCCCAUCCAGGAGAUGGAGGAGGAGAGAGGAGAAGAGGAUGGAGAAGUUAAAUCAGUCUCACAUAAAGAGGAGGAGGAACAGGACAAGGAUGAAGAGCUGGAGGAUGAGGAUGAGGAAUUAAAUUUGGAGGCCUACGGUACCCUGGCUGAGGCUGGACCUCAGCUGGAUGAGAAAGAGGAGGAGGAGGAAGAGGAGGAUUUGGAGAACCAAACACUAGAACAGUCAGAUUCAAAACCAGGUCUGCCCUCUGAUGGGGUCACCUCCAAAUCACGUACACCCACAUCUCCCGGUCAGGCAGCGUCAGGUAAACAGGCUCCGAGCACUACCUCCACACCUUCCAGUGCUCAACAUAACAGAGUACGAUCUGCAGCUAUUAACAGGGGCCAGAAGAGAGAGCAGAGGAGACGAAGAGGGCUGGAACACAACCAGAGAGAGACUGAUCGAGCCGCCUCCUCAUCCUCAGCCACCAGUAAGGACCAAACAUCCCCACCGAAGGGCAAAAGCCAGGAGACCUCUAAGCUGAAAGAGCGAUCAGAGAGCAAAGAGCUUGACCAGUACACCUUUGUGGCCUGGAAAAUGAAAGAAGACAAGGGAGGGAAGAAGGAAGCAAAAACUUCCCCUCCUCCCGCUUCUGCUCCUGUUCGUCCAUCUACGCUGUCCCUGCAGCCCGCUGACACUGCACCUGAGAGAAACGGCCUAGGGGAGGGUGGGGGAGCUGUAAGCCUGCAUCGCCGCCCUGGGGCGAUUAAAGAGAAGCCCGAGAAGUGGAGGGGAAGGAGAAGUGAUGGAGAAUACCCUGAGAACACCAGCCCUCCUUCAACCCCCAACCGGGAAGAAAGGAGGAAAAAACAACCACUGAGUGAAGCAGCCUCAUCAUCAAUUGACAGUCUGUCUCCAGGUUCUGAAGGAGCUGGCAUUGUAUCAGCCAGAGAGUUGAUUUCCCCCUCAGAAGGCCAUGGUGACGGCUCAAAGGGGAGCUCCAUCAGAAGGAAACAGCACGGUGGUUCUGGUCACCAAGAUUCAGCCCACUCCAUGCCAUCCACACCAGACAGGUCAGGUGGUUUCUUCAGCAAGAUUUUGAAAAAACGACCCCACAAAGAGGCACAGACUCCGGACAACGGAGAGCUGACACUUUCUCAGGUUCUCAAUGAAAAGCCACCAGGAGGGGAAGCCCCAACAUCUGGACAUCCAUUCCGGCCUAUUUCCCAGCCACACGGUGACCACAGUGAUAAAGGUUUAGGCCGUAACCCCUCCAUAAAGAUCAGUCGUGCCACACGGGUCUCGGAGCAGUGGAAUGCCUCGCUGGACCGGGAAAUCACCAACUCCAACGAGCUACGGCACCUUGACGAGUUUCUGUGCAACACGGUCAACGAUUUCCGCUCCAGGGGGAAGCCGCUGUCAGCCACAGAGGACAUCUUUGUAACGGCCACCAAGCAGUUCAGAGAGAAUAUCAAAGCCAUGUAUUCGCUCACAAAACCCACCAUUGCCUACAAAGGUCUGAUGACGAGUUACCAGAACAAAGUGAUCUACCUGGCGGGCGACAAGAAGAAAGGAGAAGUUCAACUUGUGGUCAAUUUGUUCCAGUCAGUGUUGGACGGUUUCAUCAGAGGAGAGAUGAAAAAGGAGGAAGCUGAACCUGCAAAGCCCGCUAAAGCUCAGAAGAAGAGGAGGAAAAAAGAUAAAAGUAUGGAGAGCCCCCUGGAUCAUGUUUUCGUAAACUAUCAGGUCAGCAUUAUGCAGUCGUGUGACCAGUGUAGCUCUUACAUCUGGGGCAUGGAGAAGGCCUACGUGUGCAGCUAUUGUAAAAUGGUGUGCCAUAAGAAGUGCAUCUGCAAAAUAGUCACUGACUGCUCCACCUUCUGUGCCAAAAAGAGUGAUGAAGAGUCCGGUGGUCAGCACUUCGGGGUGCGUGUGUGUCAUCUGGUCAGCGACAAGAACCCAGUACCCAUGGUGCUGGAGAUGAUGCUGGAGCACGUGGAGAUGAACGGCAUCUACACUGAGGGCAUCUACCGCAAGUCUGGCUCUGCCAACAGAAUGAAAGAGCUGCACCAGCGACUGGAAACUGACCCCAGCCAGGUCUGCCUUGAAGACUACCCCAUCCACACGGUGACUGGCCUGGUCAAACAGUGGUUGAGGGAGCUGCCGGACCCACUCAUGACUUUCACUCAUUACAGUGACUUCCUACAUGCAGUGGAACUGCCAGAGAAGCAGGAGCAGCUUCGUGCCAUCUACAAAGUGCUGGAUGAGCUUCCUAUAGCAAACUUCAGCACGUUGGAGAGACUCGUCUUCCACCUCGUCAGGGUGUGUAAAGAGGAGGCGCAUAACCGCAUGUCUCCAAACUCGUUGGCCAUAGUUUUUGCCCCGUGUGUCCUACGCUGUCCAGACAGCGCUGACCCGCUGCUCAGCAUGAAGGAUGUUGCCAAGACGACCACGUGUUUAGAGAUGCUCAUCAAUGAGCAGAUAAGACUCUACAAUGAGAAGAUGGAGGAGAUCGAGCAGCUGGAAUACGCUGAGGCUCUGGCUGUUAACCAGCUCAAACUCAAGAGAAAAAACACGCCCUACUGGCAUUUACCUCUCAGGUUCUCAGCUCCUUACAAAGGAGUGGUGAUGCAUGAGAAGGUCAGUUCUGAUCUCAGUGUGGUCCCUGAGAACGAGCCUCUGGACUCGGACACAGAGGCCGAGAAGAACCUGGUGGAACGCAUCAAGUCCAUCAAACAGGAGAAAGAAGACUUGGCCUGCCGAUUGCCAGAGAUGGAGCAGCCCGGUUCAGACCAGGAGAACUUGGACUCUGAAGCCUCGCUGAGUUCUGAGAGUCUUUUGGACGAGCAGCAGCGCUUAUCUGCCCACAGCUCAGAGCCUGAAGGACAAGGUGGUUCCCAGCUGAGGAGAUACAGGCCAAUUUGUCCACCCAAACCAUCCGACCUGGCCCAGCGACCUAAAGUCCUUGGUGGACGCGUCUUGCUGCCAACGCUCACCCAUGCUAGCUCCACCUCUUCUAUUUCCAGCUGCGCUUCCUCAACCUCCGAAACCUCCAACGCCUCCAUCAGGCCUCUGCUGCGACGCCGUAACCCCAUCAUCCCAGACACGGUUAAACUCCCCCCAGGCGUCCUCUCCCAGUCCGCAACCUCGAGUCUAGCUCAGACUCACACUCCUCCUGUAAAUCAAGCAUUUAACUAUUUGUUCAAGAGAAGAGAUCAGCCGGGCCGCCGUAAAGACAGCACCCAGUCCCUGUACAUCGACAGCCCUGAUUGUGACCUAUUAUUGCAUUUCUCCUCCUGCCCUCCCUCCGCCUCCUCCUCCUCCUCCUCCAUCUCCUUGGUGACACCGUGUCCUCAGCACCAGCACCGUGAGACACAGGCCUCGAAGGGCCAGAGGCGCUUUUCUGAUCCUGACGUACCUUGCAUGGAAGAGGACGUCUGAGCAGGACAGAACAGAAAAGAUGGCGAAGUGAAGAAGAUUAAAAGCAACAAUCUCUGAACAGACAAAAGGAAAUGAGUAGAAAUGGCUUUCAGGGUAAACACACGACUGUGAUGGGAUUGUAGAAAGCCAGGAGAGGAUAAAAUCACGAAUCACAUAGAGGAAGAGAAAUUAUUGGCAUGGUGAGAUGUGCAAAGAUGAACCGAAGAGAGACACAGAGGAGGCUGCUCCAGUUGCUGUCGUCAGAGGGAAGGUGAUCAAGGAACUGCUAACAUGUUUAAAGUCUUGUUGUCCUGUAUGACAGUAAAAAAAAAAAAAACUGGACAAGAUGCUGCCGAGCACCUUUUCUAUCAUUUU